CACACCACGGGAGCUGCACUACCAGCUCCCGUUGCUUUGCUCUUCCCUGUGACACUGCCUAGUUAAGCUUGGCAAUGCCAAGCGCUGGAAGUCUCCACGUCACCGUGACACCGGGCCGCCUCCAACCGGAGCCUGCCUCCGCCCCCUGCCACCUGGCCCGUGACUGGCCUCAGGGUCCCAUGUGAGGACUCCUUGAAGCCCCUCCACCUGCUCCCUGGAAGCCACAGCACCUGGGGUCUGGUUGUGCCAGGCCCAGCCCAUGUUCCCUCCUCCUUCCUCCCCAGGGCACCCAGUACCGACCUGGGGAAUUCUUGCUAGUGGCCUGACUGGUUGUCCAGGAAGCUGCUCUCUGGGCUUCUCAGGGUGACCCAGUAUCUUCCUGAGAAGUGUGUCUGUCACAGCCACCUCCCUCUCUUUGAGCACGGGAACAGGCACAACUGGUGGGGCCCUCACCUCCCUCAGCCCAGUGUGAGGCGUAAAGGGGAUCAAGGAGGGGCAACGUCUAAACAGCCGGGAGGCCCACCCUGUCUGCCAGCCUCCCUCGCGCCCCCUCUGCCCUGCUCCCUGCAGCUGCACUGCUUCCCCAAGUCCUCUGUGAGUGAGUGCUCCACACAGGAGGCUCCAUCCUGCCCAGGCUGCCUGGGGCACCCCCAGAUGGCUGCAGUGGGGGGUGGGAGGACAGGCAGAUCCAUGAUCACCAUUGCCCAGGCAUGCCAACAACUUGACAGGCCAAGUGCUGGCAUGUCUUGCUCUAGAAUGACAUUCUCGGAUGGUGUCACCUGCUUCCCGGACCAGGGAUGGCCUCGCUUCCCUCCCAUCUUCACUGAGCCUGGGGUCAGAGGUGCUGGGCUUCACCCCUGCUCCCGUAGUCCCGGAGCUGUGGGUGCCUCUGGGGCAGUCCUGUACUCCUGCCCCUCACGUUGCUCGUCCUUCAGAGGGAAAGGUCGGCUCAGCUGAAGUCCAUACGGCUCGCCGGGCCAGGCCUCGUGCCUCCCUGCCUCCAACCCAGAAGCCUCUGCUAAAGCUUCCUUAGACACUGUGGAUCAUUGUACCCUUGAGGCAGACACCAUUUCCUCUUCCUGGUGGGAGAUGAGCCUGAAAGCUGGGUGAGCCACCCCUGGUCACUGAGGUGGUGCUAAGGCCCCACCCUGAGUGCACCCUUCCCCUGUGUGGCCGAGCAUGGUGUGUGCAGGGACCUCUUUCCCACCCUGAGCUCACUUUACCCUCAUGAGGGGCAGCCAAGUCCCCUGUGACAGAAGGGGAACUGCGCCCUGGAGAAGGGGCCUCAUGCCUUUGUGGAUGUUGAACCCAGGUCGGCCAGGCCCGGCUGCUGUGGCCUGGCCAGGUCAGACGUGGAGGCAGGGCUGGGUGGAAGGCUCUGGCUUCCUCCUGUGCUUGUGAUGACAAGUCCUCAGCCCACGGCCAGUCGGGUGCCUGCUUUCCAAUCUGUAAGCACGGGGCGUGUGUCCCGGUGGCUGUGAGUGAGCAAGGGGGUGGUGAGCCGGCCGCACAGGUCCUGCGGCCUCAGGCCUCCUUGUUGCCCAACAGGCGGCAGGGGGUGGGCCAUGGCUGCUGAUUAAAGGACGCCUGGAGCAGCCUGUGCUGAGACAGGUGUCCAGCAGCCCAGGAAGCCAGCCAGCACCCGCCCCAGCUUUAGGCAUCACUGUCCCUGUGUGAAGAUCACCAUGUCUGAGGUGCCCCGGGCUAAGACCUUUGUCUUCCUGGACCUGGAAGCCACUGGACUCCCCAGUGUGGACCCUGAGAUUGCUGAGAUCUCCCUGUUUGCCGUCCACCGCUCCUCCCUGGAGAGUCCAGAGCGUGACGAGGCUGGCACCCCUGUGCUGCCUCGGGUUCUGGACAAGCUCACGCUCUGCAUAUGCCCGGAGCGCCCCUUUACUGCCAAGGCCAGUGAGAUCACCGGGCUGAGCAGCGAGGGCCUGGCACAGUGCCAGAAGGCCAACUUCGACGAUGCUGUGGUGCGGACGCUCCAGGCCUUCCUGAGCCGCCAAGAGGGCCCCAUCUGCCUUGUGGCCCACAAUGGUUUUGAUUACGACUUCCCGCUGCUGUGCACGGAGCUGCGGCGCCUAGGUGCCCACCUGCCCCGGGACACCACCUGCCUGGAUACGCUGCCAGCACUGCGGGGCCUGGACCGUGCCCACAGCCACGGAACCCGGGCCCAGGGCUGCAAGGGUUACAGCCUGGGGAGCCUCUUCCGCCGCUACUUCCAGGCGGAGCCCAGUGCGGCCCACUCUGCGGAGGGUGAUGUGCACACCCUGCUCAUGGUCUUCCUGCACCGGGCUGCUGAGCUGCUCUCCUGGGCUGAUGAGCAGGCCCGCAGCUGGGCCCACAUCGAGCCCAUGUACGUGCCUCCCGACGGCCCCAGCCUUGAUGUCUGAGUGCCAGGGGCUUGGUGACACGGACACCCAGGGGGACGAGGCCCACUUCCUGAGCCCUGGGCAACGCCAGCCUUGACCAUUUUGCUGGGCUCUGAGGCCUGGAGCAGGCACCGGACCAGUGGCUCGCUGCGUCUCCCCCAUCCUGUUACUCGGGCAUCCUGUUAGCCGUGCACCUGCCAGGCCUUCCCCGGCCCUGGCCCACUUCGCCCCACAGCCUCACCCCUGGCCCGUGCCCCCCUGCAGUUUGCUGCUGCAGGCUCCCACCCCUCACGCUGUCUCGCAAUAAACAUCACCAACUGCUCACCAGCUGACUGUCCGGUCACCCACCACCCCCACGCCGUGCCCAGCGGGGCAGGUAGGGAACUCGGCGGGACCAGGGCAGAGCCCCUCAGGGUCACCCCCUUGUGGCCUAUCU